CCCGAAAACGAUAGGUAGGCGACGUAAAAAUCUUGCAGCCAUGCGUACAAAAGCGCCCAAUCCUUUGUGACCCACUGCUCCGAUGAGCCAAAUCUAAGCAAUUCUUGGGACAAAAGUGGAAUUGAAAGUGUGAGCCCUUCCACACAUUCCAAAAUCAAAUGCAACCCUACAUUACGUUUAAUAAUAAUAAUAUUCUUCAAGAAUCACACACAACACACACAUACACAUCCUCCUCCUCACCCUCUUCCUCUUCUCUCGAUUACAGCCCUUCGUCUCUCUAUCCACUUGUUGCUGCGUGUUCCAUGCGUCUGUCUGUAUUACUUUGAAGCGAAGUUUUAUGUGGUUGAUUUGCACGGCGUAUUCUGUGUAUUGGUGCUUUCAAGUUUGAAUCUUUGGUCAUUGUUUCCAUUUGGGACCCAAAGGAUAGGAACAUUCAGGUUGAAUCUUAAGUGCGUUAUUUGUGUUUUUCGUUUGUUUUUUAUUUUUUAUCUGAGGUGCCCCAAAGUUUGAAUCUUUCGUCAUUGUUUCCAUUUGGGAGCCAAAAAUUUUGAAUCUUUGGUGGAGUUUUGUGUUUUUAGAGCAUCAGCGCUCUCGAGUUGGUUGGUGGGGUGGGAUUCGUUUUGAUUGUCAAUGGGCGCUUUAGAUGAGGGGCAUUAUGAUGUGGAACUGGGGAAUGGUGUGAAUCUUGGGGGUUGCUCUGAGCUUGGUUUUGAGGAGGAGCCUGAGACUCUGGCUAUUGAGGAAGCUGUGAAAGUCCUGUUGCAGGGUUUAGGUGAAGAUUUCAAUCGUGAAGGUCUGAGAAAGACCCCUCUCCGUGUCGCAAAGGCGCUUCGAGAAGGGACCAGAGGUUAUAAGCAAAAUGUGAAGGACGUUGUUAGUGGUGCUUUAUUCCCUGAAGCUGGCUUGGAAAGCAGAGUUGGUCAUGCUGGUGGAGCAGGUGGGCUUGUAAUAGUUAGAGAUCUUGAUCUCUUUUCAACUUGUGAGUCUUGCUUGCUCCCAUUCCAGGUUAAAUGUCAUGUUGGUUAUGUCCCAUCUGGUCGUAGAGUUGUGGGCCUUAGCAAGCUUUCUCGAGUUGCUGAAGUUUUUGGCAAACGGCUCCAAGAACCACAAAGAUUGGCCAAUGAGAUUUGUGCAGCUUUGCAGCAGGGUAUCAAACCAACUGGAGUUGCUGUUGUCCUCCAAUGUUCUCACAUUCAUUUCCCCAAUUUCGAGUCGGCCCUCUUUGAUCCAAACCAUAAAGGUUGGGUAAAGAUGUUAGUUAGAUCGGGCUCUGGAGUUUUUGACAAUGAGAACACAGCAGAUAUUUGGACAGAUUUCCUCAGUCUCCUGAGAUUCAGGGGAAUAAACAUUGAGGAUGUCUGUUCUAGAGUUUCAAACAACAAAUCCUGGUGCCCGUCUCACACGUUUUGCAGGGCGGCGGCCUCAGAUUCAGCAAUGCUUGGUGCUGUAGCUUCAAUACUUUGUUCUCUAGGCGAGGAUCCAUCAAGGAAAGAGCUUGUAGAGACUCCCACUCGCUUUGUCAAGUGGUUAAUGAACUUUAAAAACACAAAUUUGGAUUUGAAGCUAAAUGGAUUCGUCCGAAGCAAGAGAGAUUCCCUAACUUCCAAUGGGGAUUUCAGCUACGAAGAACAUCUCUGUUCCGAGCUGAACUUGUCUUUCUGGUCACAAUGUGAACACCAUUUACUUCCCUUUCACGGUGUAGUUCAUAUAGGUUAUUACGGUUCAAACGGGUUCAGCCCAGUCGGAAAAUCCUUCCUACAGUCGAUUGUUCAUCUUUACGGGUUCAAGCUCCAGGUACAGGAAAGGCUGACGAGACAGAUUGCUGAGACAGUUUCAUCAUUCUUAGGUGAAGAUAUAAUAGUAGUUGUCGAAGCUAGUCACACUUGUAUGAUUUCUCGAGGGAUUGAGAAGUUCGGUAGCAGUACUGCUACCAUCGCCGUCCUGGGUCGAUUUUCCACUGACCCCUCAGCACGGGCAAAAUUUUUGCAGAUCAUCCCCAACUCUAGUCCCUGUGAAGGUUGAGGUUUGAUUGCAACAAACAUACUUUUUCCUUCUUUGUUAUACCGGCAUGUUUCUUGUGCCCUGCUCAGAAGCUUGCUGACUAUCUAAAUUUGGUCGAGACUCAAGGCAGUAGUCGGAAUGAGACUUUUGCAAGAAUGUUGGUGUCCUAUGAAUCUGUUUGGUCUGGGGAGAUUGCCACUGGAGCUGCAAUAGCAGAUAAUGUCUGAAUUUGUUUUGUCAUAGCAUUCUUUGUUCUUCGGCUCAUUGCCUGUAACAUAAAGGCCUCAUAGCCCAUGAAAACGCUGGUCGUAUGCAGCAUCUUCUUCUUAUUCACAGCAAAGUUGUUAUUUCUGUGCUCAAGAUUGUUAUCAAAGUUGUCACAUUCACAUUCA